AUGGUUGUAGUUUCUUCGACAUUUGCUGCGCCGGUCGAAGGUGUGUUAUUUCAGAGUCCAUCCACUAAGUUACUCGUCAACGACCAAGAAUUGGGCACCGCCACAUUAUAUAUCACUGAAAAUAAUGUUGUCUGGGGCGGCGGCGUCAGUACUUCUGGAGUAGCAGCGCCGACUAUAUCGCUCUUGUAUCCUAGUAUAUCACUACACGCGGUUCAAAGGGAGCCAUCGCCGGCCUUGUAUAUGGUUCUAAAUUACGAGCUAAGACUUCCAGAAUUAAACCAGCAAGGCAGCGGCGAUGCUCCGAGUAAUGAAGAUGAUGACGAUGAUGAGUUUGAUGCUGACGAUCAACCAAUCACACAGUUGAGAUUCAUACCACAGAAUGAGGCAGAUUUAAAUCCAAUGUAUACAGCAAUGAUACAAGGACAGGCUUUACAUCCCGACCCUGCUGACGAGGUGGACGAAGACCCUUAUAUGGAUGGAGAGGAUUUUGAUGACGAUGAAGAGUUUGAAGAUGCCGAGGAAAGUGGACCUCAAGAGGCCACGGACGGUCUGAGAAAGAUGAGACUUGAGAAUAGUAAUGGAGCACAUUUUGAAGACUGUGAAGAUGCUGGCGAGGAAUGA